GGAAAUGGAAUUCCAACAUCUAAUGCUAAACCCCGGGUAGCAGAGAAAAAAAUUUGAUGAGCAAAAGAACCUAAACCCCUUGAUUCGAGAGUUUGGAGUAAUCUUUGAGUGAUCCAAAUGAGAGGAAGCAUUGGUAGAUCCUUGUCUAAUACUAACAAUCACUACCUCACAUCUAUUACCAGAGGCGCCUCUUUUCUCCUCCAAUCCUCCUUCUCCACUUCCUCCAGCUCUGGCAGCGGCGGUGGCCGAGGCCGUGGGGGCACCUCCCCCUCUAGUUCUUUCAUCGAUUUCACUCCGCCACUGGGAAAAUCUGGCUCAGGGGACUCAAACCGUGACUCUGCUGAAUCACCUCCAGCCGGAGUAGGCCACGGCCGUGGAAGAGGAAGACCAUUAUCCUCCGACCCCAUUCCCCACCCUUUCUCCUCUUUUGUUUCUCAAACUGGGUCUGGUCGAGGCCGAGUCACCAGCGAGUCAGUGCCACCACCACCUCCGCCUCCAGCGCAAGCAAAGCAGCCCAUAUUCAUCAAGAAAAAAGAUGAAGAUGAAACUGAGUCCUCCGCCAAGGCAGCAGCUGAGCCGAUUCAGUCGAGUGAGCCCAUCUUCCCUCCUAACAUACUCCCUGUCUCAGUUUUAUCCGGCGCUGGGCGGGGUAAGCCCGUGAAGCAACCGGAGCCUGCCUCGCGAAGACAGGAGGAAAAUCGGCAUAUCCGGGUGGCGCAGCAGCAGUCCCCUUCGGCCCAGAUGAGCCAGGAGGAAGCGACCAAGAAAGCAAUGGGCUUACUUUCAAGGAGAAGUGAAAGCGGGGAAAGUGGGAUGGUAGGGAGAGGAGUAAGAGCGAGUAUGGGAAUGGGUGGAGGUAGAGGUAGAGGUAGAGGUAGAGGUAGAGGUAGAGGGAUGGGUAGGGGGAGAGGAAGAAGACAGGGAGAAGACACAAGGAUAGUAAAGGACUCCGGUGAAGGGUCUGCAGACGGACUUUAUUUGGGCGACAAUGCGGAUGGGGAGAAAUUUGCCCAAACUAUCGGAGCUGACAAUAUGAAUAAGUUGGUUGAAGGGUUUGAGGAGAUGGGCAGUAGAGUCUUGCCUUCUCCUAUGGACGAUGCCUACUUGGACGCCUUGCACACCAACUGUUCGAUAGAGUUUGAACCAGAAUAUUUGAUGGAAGAGUUUGGCACAAACCCAGAUAUCGAUGAGAAACCACCUAUGCCUCUUCGAGAUGCACUUGAGAAGAUGAAGCCAUUCCUGAUGGCAUAUGAAGGAAUUCAAAGUCAAGAAGAGUGGGAGGAAGUCAUCAAAGAAACAAUGGAAAGGGUACCUCUACUGCAAGAGAUUGUUGAUUACUACAGUGGACCUGAUAGGGUAACUGCGAAGAAACAACAAGAGGAGCUAGAAAGAGUUGCAAAAACUAUUCCUGAAUGUGCACCUUCUUCUGUGAAGCAGUUUGCAAAUCGCGCGGUUCUCUCUCUUCAGAGUAAUCCUGGUUGGGGAUUUGACAAAAAAUGCCAAUUCAUGGAUAAGCUUGUGUGGGAGGUUUCUCAACAAUACAAAUAAAGCUAGAAGGCUUGUUGACAUGAUGAUACCAAGUAAUUUUGGCCUCUGGAUGGGGUGAUAUCUUAAUCUAAGGCAUAUGCCAUAGGGAAAGGUUGACUACAUUCACAAUUUUUUUCCUGGAUAAAUGAACAGACUUUGCUGAACGGAGAUUUUACUUUUCUAUUUACUUCUAAAUAAAACAAAGAGGUAAUGAGUCAUUUUGUUACA